AUGCGGCAGCAGCUCAGAGAUCGGUACGGUGAACAGCAGCAGCCGCGACGGCGCGAUGGCACGGCUGCGACUGCUGCGGCCGUGUCAGCAGCAGCGGGCACAGCGUCCGCCCUGCCCCAGCUGGCGGAGCUGUCGGCAGCGCCGAGCUGGAACCUCGGUGUCGCUGUGGCCGCUGCGCUCGGUGCCUGGGUCUGGGUCAAGGCAUUUGAUGCGCUCGCGCGCAGCGGCGUGCUGGAGCAGAAGCUGUCG